ACGGGCAACAACAAUGUACAAUCCUAUGAUGAGUCGCAGACAUGCCGGAAAACAGGCACUCGGCUCGAAGACUUGUCCUUCGGUAACAACGGCGUCAGACUGAAUUACAAAUGUCACUGUUUUGACAGGUCCUGGAGACUCCCUCCUCAAGAAUCAUCAAUUAUUGAAAGCCAUCAUGCCUAGUAUCGCAAACCUACCAGCUUCAAAUAACCUCCCAAGUAAGGUUGCCACGCGUGCGAAGAACGAAGAUGGGACGCCGCUCUAUCCUGACUUUAUGCCCUUUUAUGAUCCACUGGAGAAGGUAGACGAAAUCGGCUUGUUCGACCAUCAAGAUCCAGGCUUGCGUGCCGAUCCUGCACUUCCCAACCUAUUGCGCAAUGCGACCAAGGUUUACAACCUGUCGCCCCACGUCGGCACGGAAGUGGAAGGGGUGCAAUUGUCUCAACUCACGCCGGAGGGUCUUAACGAGCUAGCAUUGUUCGCAGCUCAGCGUGGUGCCCUCGUCUUCCGCAACCAGAACUUUUGUGACAUCGGUUUCGAGGCGCAGAAGAAGAUCGUCAGUCAUUUCGGUCCUCUCCACGUCCACGGAUGGGCGCCGCACCCUGCUGCUGGCUCUGCGGAGCACAUGAUCAUCUACGAUCACAAGGAGGAUCUCCGCGUGCGGCGCUCAUGGAAAGGCCGUAGUCCCAUCCAAUGGCACACUGACCAAUCUCCUGAACUGCAGCCACCGGGUACUACUUUCAUCGGGAUGCUUGAGUCUCCCGCUGCAGCCGGCGGCGACACACUUGUCAGCUCGAGCGUGCAAGCUUUCAGAGCAUUGUCCCCUCGUUUUCGAAAGCGUCUUGAAGGCCUGACUGCAAUACAUUCGAACAACGACGGCGUGAGUCAGGAGCUCAAAAACGGCUCGAAUGCGGUUAUGCGCAGACAGGAGCUUACGGCAGAGCAUCCUGUGGUGAGAGUGCAUCCUGUAACCGGCGAGAAGGCACUAUAUGUAAACCCGGUUUACACCAAGCGCAUCGUUGGCUACGACCAGGAGGAGUCUGACUUUCUUCUGGGCUUUCUCUUCGAUCACAUUGCCAAGCGCGCCGACUUCCAGUGUCGCGUACGUUACGAAGCCGGAACUGUGCUCGUCUGGGAUCAACGCGUAACCAAUCACUCGCAGACGCUGGACUAUCCAGCGGGUGAACGACGACAUGCAUUCCGCUUGACGCCACUUGCGGAGAAACCCAUCCCGUCCAUGAUGGAGGAGGACGACGGCGAGUGUCUCAAGGAUAUCGGGCGUGCAUCGUUGGGUCUUUGCUGA